AUGAAAAACCUAAUUGACGGGACGCAAAUUGAGGUAACAGAACAUCCCUCGCUCAACUACAGCAGAUGUAUCGUUAAUUGCCCGGAAGUUACUCAGAUGUCACAAGAAGAAUUGCUGGCCGAGCUGGCACCACAAGGCGUAAUAGCGGUACGACGAUUCACCAGAAUGAUUGACAAUGCGAGAGUGAACACUCCUACAAUAGUGUUGACCAUGAAAGGAACCACCUGGCCUCAAUACAUCUUUUUUGGUGCACUCAGAGUAGCAACUCGUACCUACUUUCCUGCUCCAAUGUUAUGUUAUGGCUGCCUUGAAUAUGGACACACAAAAACUCGAUGCAAGGACACCCCCAAAUGUCAAAAAUGCUCCGCUUCAGACCACACUUCCGAAGACUGCAAAGGAGACGCUAACUGCUUUCACUGCAAGCAAGGCCACAGGCCAAUCGACCGGAACUGCCCAGUCUACAAAAAGGAGAACGAAAUCAUAAGGAUUAAGGUGGAACAAGGCGAUGAAGUGCAGAACAAAAAGGACAAGGAAAUUGAAAAUCUGAAAGAGGAAAUAGCUGCUCUACAGAAACAACUCGCCGCUGUGACAGCCGAAUUAAAGAAGGGCCAAAACUGCCAAUGCCAGACGAUUGAUGGAGAAAGCAAAAGUAAAAAGAAAGAUCGGAUCAAACGAGCAAAGGAGAUCUCCCCCGAAACGACAAACGCCUCUGAGUUUCGGCCACCCCCUCUUAAAAAAGUGAUCGCAGGAAAUUCUGAAAACAACCAAAAUUGCCAAACUGAGCUGACUACGACACAAACUAUGGUAGACGAUUCCUAUGAUACUGCAUACUCCGAUACGAACAAUGAAGGAAUGAGCAUAACCGAUGAAUCUGAAACCGAAACGAUAGUUGUCAACCGUAAAAACAAAAAGAAGCUUCUCCGAAGUAUCAAUGGCUCCUCUAAACAAUAA